AAAGCAUGAUUUCCUCUUCCGCAGUCGUCAAGUCUAAUACAAACUAUACUUUGAGAAAGAAAGAAGAGACUGCGUUGAAAAAGAAAGGAGUUUCUUCGUUGGCGUCAUCCAUUCUUCGACUUUGUGGUCACGAGGACGCAAUAUAUGGACUCGAUUUCAAUCCCAGAGGAGACUGCCUUGCUUCCUGUUCUUUUGAUCGAAGUAUAUUUUUGUGGAACGUAUAUGGAGAGUGUAAUUCGUUUGGAGUUUUGAGAGGUCACAAAAAUUCCAUAGGUUCCAUUUGUUGGGUCGACAAUGAGAAGUUAGUGUCCUGUAGUGCAGAUAAGAACGCAGCAGUAUGGGAUGCUCAAAGUCAAAGUCGAAUAAGACAACUCAAAGGACACACGUCUUUUGUUAAUGAUGUAGCUGUCUCUAAGAAUCAGUUUUCAUUUAUGGCAGCAACCGUUUCGGAUGAUAGGCAACUUAUUUUAUGGGACAUUCGGACGAGGCAUCCACAGCAUUUUAUUAUGCAUCGAUAUCCUUUAUUAGCUGUUUCCUUGUCAGCUGAUCCCGAUGUAGUUUAUUGUGGAGGUAUUGAUAACAGAAUUUAUGUUUGGGACUUGAGAAAAGGCAAUGAUUCUCCGUUGUUGGAGUUGAUGGGUCAUCACGAUACUUUAACAGGAAUGGAUAUAACACAUGAUGCUUGUUUCUUAUGUUCCAAUUCUAUGGAUAAUACUAUACGUAUAUGGGAUGUUCGUCCCUUUUUUGAAGGUUCUGAUGAGGAACGUUGUCUGACUGUUCUUCAGGGUGCAUCGCAUUCUUUUGAACGCAAUUUGUUACGUUGUCGAUUCUCUACUGAUGGGACUUUAGUAGGUGCAGGUAGUGCUGACAAAUUUGUAUAUAUAUGGGAUGUUGAUAGUGGAGAAUUGCGAUAUGCUUUGCCAGGUCACGAUGGUAGUGUCAAUGACAUUGUAUUUCAUCCCGACCAGUCCGUUAUUGCAAGUGCCAGUAGCGAUAAGACCAUUUAUAUUGGAGAAAUUGAAACUUCAAGAUAGAAUAGGUUAAUAACUUGGAUGAUUCACUUUAACAUAUGAAGGAAAAAUGGAAUCAUUCCAUAAAUAUAGAAUAUGAUCCAUGAGUUAUCUACAGACAAGAGAACCCUAUGCAAAAAAUGAAGUAUUCUAAAAUAAACUACUACUUCUUAUGUUUGGUAACUUGACAAUAAUUGCACACAAGUAAAUAGAGUUGAAGGAAC